ACUGUCUGUUUGAGUUAUCUCGGUAAAAGGGCGAGAAUACAAAUCAAACCAAAAACCCUAGUUUGAAAAAGAGGAGGGGAAUGUCGGUUUCAGAAUUCGUGGUUAAUUAUCACAAAAAAGAUCAUGUUUAUGGAAAUAAUUUAAGGAAGAAGAUGAAGAAUCAGAAGAUCGAAGAAAAAGUGGAAGACAACCCAAAGAAGAAGAAGAAGAAGAUGAAGAAGCCGAAGACAGAAGAGGAUGAUGGUUUCCAGAUAUCUCUUCCAAUUGAAUUGAUUCUGGAGUUUCUAUCAAGACUACCAGUAAAAUCUCUGACGAGAUUAAGCUGCGCAAGAGAGCUAUUACGGAUAAUCCCUCAUGGUGUAGGAGGAUGUUAUAAGCUCAUUUCUUCUGGAUUUGGGUUUGAUUCUAUUAACAAUGAGUUUAAACUGGUAAUCAUCAUUUUCAGGCGCGAGACUAACUCUCCCAAGUGUUUGCUUUUUACUUUUGGAAUCAAAUCUUCUUGGACAGAAGUCAGGUCUCCUAAUUGCGGGUUAUCACGAACAUCUACUUCAGCCACUUUUGCUUCCUAUGGAGCCGCAGCAGGAGGAGAAGCUUUGUUUUGGAGGACCACUGAUCCGCAGGUAAGUCUCUUGUUUGACCUCCAUGAAGAGAAGUUGCAAUACAUCCGAAUCCCAGUGGAACGCGAUGCAGAUACUCGGAUGUUUGAGCAUAAUGGAUUCUUAGUUGCUGCUGUUCUUGAAAUGAAAUCACCACCGGUAGUAGGAAUUAAUACAACUACUUUGGAAAAGGUUCACUUCAAAAUAUUGAAAGCUUACAAAGAUGACCAAGUUUGGGACAAGGAGACUAUUGAUCUUUCGACCUAUUCAAUUCGUUUCAGUGACAAUUUUCGCUUUGUGAGCUUCUCCGACCAGAUAUUAAUGUACUGGGCGAAUCCCGAAAGUUUUCAAUUUUUCAAUGUGCACAGGAAAUGUCUCAAGGUGGUUAAGAACAUAGUUUCAGGCACGAGUAAGACGAGGUUACCCCGAGCUGCUGGAGCCAAACACUACUGGUUGAAUUGCGAGGUUGAAAACAUCUGCUCUUUGAAAACCCUGUUGCCCGUACGAGCUCAAAAAUCUGAUUGUGCUGCUUUAAAUUCGAUGAAGGUUGAAAGCUUCAAGGAUAUAUGGUCUCCGCAACAAUUGAAAACAGUUGGGGGAUUUUUCUAUUCAUGCUACCAGUCAAAAACCAGCGAAUCCUACUUCUUCUUGAAUGAACUUGUUGACCUUUUGGAUGGGAGCAAUCCCACAGCUCAGCUCAAGAUGCAAGAACCGCAGCAGUACCACCAACAGGAACAGAAUCAACAAAAUCGCUCUACUGCCUUUCAAUACCUGUCAGAUAUGAGAGCUGCCAUCAGUGCUGGUCAGCAAGUCCUUUCCGAGUGCAGUAGGCAUUUUAAUGAAGCCGAGGAAGCUCUUUCGGAGGGCACUAGGCAUUUUAAUGAAGCCGAGAAAGCUCUUUCGGAGAACACUAGGCAUUUCAAUGAAGCUGAGAAUGCUGUUAACCAUCUUGAAUUGCAUAUCAAUAGGCUAUUUCCUGAUAAAUCAGAAUGAACUCGUUUAUUUAUUUCACGCAUUCUUUUAUUUCGUAAUCUUUAAAAUGAAAAUAUAACUCUUAAGAUUGUAGAUUUCAGUUUUUCCUUUUUCCCUUUAUGGAACAUCAUUUUUAUUGAUGAAUUUCUUCUGUGAUUUCUUAUUCCUGUAUUGGAUUAUAAUGAUUUUGUGGAUGAA